AUGCAGAGAAGUUUUAUCCAGAGAGAUUUGUUGGAAGCGAGGCUGCCCUGGAAUGCAACUGGGUUUACUGUUCGGCUUGUGGUGGCACAAUUGGUGCAUUGCUAUGAUUGGGAACUCCCGGAUGAUAUGUUGGCUACGGACUUGGACAUGGCUGAGGAUUUAGGUCUAGCUCAAUCGGUUGCCAAUUUUUUCCGAAGUCUUGGCUUUUCUAAUGCCCAAAUAGCCUCUGCUGUCCGUGUGACGCCUCAAAUUCUGUUUGCUGAUGUAGAAAUGAAGCUUAGACCAAAAAUCAAGCUUUUUCAAGAUCUGGGUCUUGUGGAAACCCAUCUGGGUAAGUUCUUUUCUAGGAAUUCUACGCUUUUAACUUGUAGUUUAGAUAAAAAGUUGAUUCCUUCUAUCCGAUUUUUCAAGAAAAUUUUAGGGAAUAGUAAUGAAGACUUGUUUAAGGUCUUCAAUAGAUGCAAUGGUUUUAUUGCUAGAGAUGACAUAUUAAAGUUGUCGACAAACAUUGAGUAUUUGGAAAGCUGUGGGAUUGUUGGGUCUCAGCUCUCAAAGUUGUUAACGAGACAACCUAGGAUUUUUAGGAUGCGAGAAUCGGCAUUAAGGGAUCUCGUUGCAAGGGUUGUAGAUAUGGGGUUUUCGACUGAUUCGAGGAUGUUAGUGCACGCUAUUCAUACCUUGAGUUGCUUGAGUGAACAAACAUUUAAGAAGAAAUGUGAAUUACUUAAGACUUUUGGGUUUUCGGACAAUGAUUGCCUCGUUAUGUUCAGAAGGACCCCAGGUGUUUUUAGGGUCUCUGAGGAGAAAAUGAAGUUAGGAAUUGAGUUCUUUCUUAAUGUGGCAAAGUUUGAUAAGAAUGUUUUGGUUUCUAGGCCAAUUUUUUUGAUGAGUAGUUUGGAAGAUCGUGUGAUUCCUAGAUACCAAGUUUUGCAGAUUAUUAAGUCCAAGAAGUUGUUGAAAACAGAUCGGAGUUUUCUUUACAUCUUGGAAUAUACAGAGAAUAAAUUCUUGGAGUUCAUAUCAAGGUUUCCAGAUGAUGUGGAAGAACUGUUGAUGGCUUACAAAGCUCAUCUUUUGCACACUUCUUCGGAAGAAGAAGAAAACACAUGA